AAGGAUGUCCUUUCAAGACCUGCCGAGGAGUUCGAAAAUGAUCAAAGCAUUGAAGCAAUGUGGGCAAUGAGAGCUUAUGAACAUGCUGAAAUCUACUUUAAUAUCCUUUGUUCAGUUGAUCCAAAAAUUCUUCGCCUUACUCCUGAAGAUGAUCUGAUAUACAAAUUAUUUAGAGAAGAAUUUCCUAGUCUCGAUGUACGAGUUAUAAUUGAAAAUGAACUCAAAAGUACAAGGGAGAAAGCCAAAUGGAGACCUUUUUGUGAGAAAUUUAGAAAUGUAGUUGAAGAUUACAGUUAUGGCACUUUACUCAGAUCUGAUGCUUCAAAAGACUAUAAAGAGGAUAAUACCAUUUUGGUAACAAGAAUACAAUUCUUUGCCAUAGAAAUAGCUAGGAAUAGGGAAGGCGUUAAUGAUAGUUUGAGAAAAAAAUUUGAACCUGAGCCAGUAGAAGAACAGCAAUGA